CACCUCUUCUCCAUUGCCUAUAAAUUCAGCAUCUAGCAGACUGAACACCACCACAUUUCAUCAGCUCAUCCACAAAGCAAGCGUUGCACCUCAUAGCACAUCUCAUCAGAUUUCCUGCUCAAAAGCACCAAGAUCAAGAAUCAACCAUGAUCAGUGCCAAGAGACUUUCUCAGCUGGCCAAGUGGCAGAGGAUGGCAGCACUUGGAAGGAAGAGGCUCACGAUGAAAGCCAAAGAAAAUGAAGAAUGCUGCACUUCUGUGGCAGGCAAGGGCCACUGUGUCAUGUACACAACAGAAGGGAGCCGAUUCGAGGUCCCGUUGGCAUACCUCGGCACUGCAGUCUUCACUGAGCUCCUCAGGAUGUCCCAGGAGGAGUUUGGCUUCACAAGCGAUGGCAGGAUUAUGCUGCCUUGUGAUGCCGCAGUAAUGGAGUAUGCCAUGUGCUUGCUCAAGAGAAAUGCUUCAGUUGAGGUGGAGAAAGCAUUGCUGAGCUUCAUGGUGGCACCUUGCCAUUACUCUGGCUGUAUGCCAACUGUUGUAGUCAACCAGCAAAUUGCCUGCUUGUAGUUGUAUCCUGUUCUGUACUAUACCGGGAUCAGUUUAGAAUAGUUAGAUAUUGUUAAUAGAAAGAGGAAAAUUGCCAUGUAAGUCUUUCAAUCUUGCAAGCAAUAAAGAAAACGGCCAGCCAACAUGUGCUGCCAUUUUCUUUCCUUCAAUUGAUGUUGCAUACAGGAAUGAAUUUCACUCUUUGUUAUAUGACAACUGCUGUCUGCACAGAGUACUCAAGUAUCAACAAAUUUCUGUACAA